CGUGGGUCGAUUUCAUUCAGCAAGAAUCGUGACUGAGUUGAGUUCAAAGGUAUGAGUGGGUUUACAUUCAUUACUUUAAAGUUUUAUCAUGGUGGGGCCUUGUUGUAUGAAGGUGAUAAAGCAAGAUAUGUGGGUGGGUUAGUGAGUGAAUAUUAUGAUAUUGAUGUGGAUACAAUAUCAUACUUUGAGAUUAAGGACUAUAUUAAAGAACUAGGGUAUAGUCCAAAUUGUAAAUUUAGUGUCCGGCCACCUAAUAGUUGCAUUUUAGGAGAUAUUGACAAUGAUGAUAUUCUCUUAGCAAUGUGUAAUUGUUUGCAAAGUGGGUCUGUUUUGGAAGUAUAUGUCCACAUGCCUGGUGAGGAUUCUGGUGCAACUUUUAAUAAAUUUGGGACCACUGAGGCUAGUGGAUAUAAUCAAGUAGGUGAGGCUGCUUAUAAUGGGGUAGAUAUAACUAUAAAUACUACCUCAAAUAUUCCUUCUACUUCAAACCCAACAGCUCUAAAUAGUGAUCCAUCAGAUUCUGAAGAUAGUGAAUACUCUGUAAAAGUAUCUGAUGAGUCAACUGAAGAGAGUGAUGAUUCUGAAGAUAGUGAAAUACUUGAAGAUGAUCAAUAUGGAAGUGAUGUUCAUGAGGAGUUAAUUCAACUGAGGGCUGAGAAAAGAUCUUUUCUGAGGAGGAGAAAAAGAAGGGAAAGAAUUCCUGCAGAUACUGAAGAAGUAGCAUGUGGUAAUGCUGGAGCAGAUCUUGGGUUUGAUGAGACAGCUAUCAAUAGAUGUACUUUAGAAGGAAGGUUGGGGGGUGAUGAACCAUAUUAUGCAAGUUCUGAUGCUUGUAGUUUUGAAACUGACACAGAUGAUAGUUGUCUAGAGGAAGGUGAAAAAAUGAAGUUGAAACUGCCUAACACAAAAAGGAAAAAACAUACCAUAGAGAGAGUCAGAUUUGAUCCCAACAUUAAGAAGAUUGUGUGGCAAUUGGGUAUGGUUUUUGAAAGUGUAAAAGAGUUUAGAUUGGCAGUCACUAAGUAUGCAAUUCAGAGAGGGGUUCAGAUUGAAAAGUGUGUGAAUGAGCCAAAUAGAGUAAGGGUGAGAUGUUGCAAGGUAAAUUCCAAAUGUUUGUUAUAUGCAAGUUUGGACAAGAAGACUAAAUAACUUUGUUAUUAAGACUUACAUGC